CCCACCGUACCCUACACCGACAGGCCGACACGCUGUGUUUAUCGUCGCGCUCUCCCCCGUGAAAAAGGUACACGCACAUAACUCAGUCAGUCGGCCGAUCGGACGGUCGUGGUUCGGGCUCCGUCCAAACGCUCCAAAAAAAAAGGAAAAAGUGCCGCAACCCCCUCGCUUCGGUUCGCGCGAUCCGUCGUCUCCUCAGCUCACUGGUAGCUCAUCUGUGCACAUGUGGCUGGUGGUGGUGUAACUGCUGACACCGCUGAGCCCUACAAUCGCGGUCAGCACAAGGUUGCAUAGUGUGUGGACGCGCGGUUGUGUGCUUUCGUACUUCGUUCCAAUCGAUCUAACGCAACACACCAUCAUCACACGUCGUCUUCGUUGUUGUUGUUGUUGUUGUUGUCUCGUUGUGUUUCGUGUUCUGGUGUGUUUUGCCUGAACCGCACGGUUUGCCGUAAAUUCCCGAAGUGCUUUCAUCCGGAUUUCGCGCACCGCUUCAGUGUUUGGUGCAGAGGAGGAGAGAUCAUCAUCAUCUCGAUCUCGUUCGCCGGAGAAAGAGUGUUUGUGUGUGUGUGUUAAAGGGAGAGAGUGUGAGAUCAAGGGAGCAGCAACACACUUGACAGCUUAUACGGAAAUAAACGCUCAUUGAAUGGUGUUGUGGAUCGGAGUCGCGCGUGCUCGGGCGGUUUUGCGGCGCGUUUCGUUUCGUUGAUGCGUUGAUGUCGAAAGAGAGCGCACGCUGAAGGGCUCGUCGGUGCCGCACGCCCCACCAAACGAACGAAGUCAUCCGCGCUUUAGCUGCCCGCUGGUGGUUUAAUGCUUGCCGUAAAGUGGUUCCGUGUUGAGGUUCGAACAAAACGAUCGUGUAGUGUUGCUGCCUUCUGUUGCGCCACCUAGGAGGAUUUGUGCAAUUUGUGUGAAGUGUGUUCAAAGUAGAAGAACGAAACAAAACCGCUCAGUGUUGCGUAUGCAGAACGUUGCUGGCGGCACUCUUUCUACCGUUCGAAACUCAUUUUCAUUUGUAGCCUCAUAGUGGUUGAGAGGACACUCUCCGAGUCUUUCGGUAAACUAGACGCACCCCCACCACAUCCGAAAAUGCCGGAAUCAAUGAUCAUGAACCGAAUCUUUCGGUAUUUCAUGAAGUUUCACGGAUACUUUAUCGCGAUCUGCACGAUCUUCUUCACCUCCGUCAUCAUCGUGAGCUCGUUCAUGGGCCGGGACAUGCACGACGAACCCCUGUUCGUGGAGGAAGAGUACGAGCCGGUGCUAAAGUUUCCCGUGCUCAUUCAGCUGGAAUCGGUCCUGUGGCUGACGGCAUCCGUAAUGCUGCUGGCCGGACUGUACAAGGAAAGCAAGAUUUACAUCACCCCCUUCCUGGCGCUCUUCAUCGCGGACGGUGUGGUGGUGAUCGUGCAGGAAACGAUCAACCUCUGCACCGGGCGCAUUUCCGAGCUGGGCACGAUCGACACGCGCCAGCUGGUGGUAAUGAUACUGGCAAACGUGUACGUACUCGUUAGCCUGAUCGUGCUCUACCGGAUGUUUGGCAAGGAGCCACUGCCAGCGACGCAGAACAACUUCGUGCGCUUCGACAACGAGCAGGACGUGGAGACGGGCCACGGGAUGGGUCCGGUCACGGCGCCACCACCUGCCGGUCCGGCCAAUGUCAACGGUUCGUUGAACUCGCCCAGUUUCGCCGGGAACGGUGUCACGGCACAGCACGCGACCUAAGGGAGCGCCCCGCCCGAAGCAGCAAGCAAGGGAGCGAAAGCCGGCCAGUCCCACGGCGUGCAUAUGUUAGUAAUAUGCGCUAGUGAAAGUGAUGUACAUACUCGUUUUGUAAGUGUCAGCGGUGCGGUUUUGGUCGUGCCAUCCGCACGCGCGUGUGUGUGAUCAAUAUGGCAGCGAUGGAAUGUGUUUUUUUUUUGCCGGCGGAAUGAUGAUGAGGUGAUGUGAAGCUGCCAGCAGCCCGACGAGAGCAGCCAGAAAUGCCGCAGCCUGAAAUUCCAGCGCAGUCUAUUGUCAUCAACAUAACCACUCGAUCGAUGAAUAUUGGAGCGAUUGUACUAUCCCUUUCACCUUGCCACAAACACGAAUGCGAAUGAGGUUCAUCCAAAUAGCCAGCAUCAGCUAAAUGAGCAUCAUCAUCACUAAAAGGAAACUGAUCUACCACAUCUAAGUACACACACACAUACACACAAGCGACUGCAGCCACACGACGGUGCAGAAACUCACUCACGUGCUUUACCACAAUUGGCCAAUUAGGGCAACUGCAUGAGAAACUCCGCUCAUCGUACAGACACCGCCGCCGAUCACGCACGGGAAAGACACAGUUCGUGUGUAUACAUGGCUUAGUAGUUGGGUUAUCCAGUGCGUGGUUUUAGCGUGAGAUCGUGUUCGCGUGUAAUGUAACCACACAUUCGAAUGGAAAAUGAUCCUCUCCGAGAGACACAACCCAUUUCCAACCAUCAUGUCACCACCGAAGCUGCGUGUGGUUGUUGUUGCUGUUGUUGCUGUUGCUGGCCCAGCUAAUCAUCUACCGGAGUCGGAGCGUUUAAGAAAGCCGAAAGUUUUGAUACGAAGUAUCCUCGCACGUGGACGGCAGCAGAGAUGAGCUUAAAACGAUCGGCCACCAUUUUUUUGUUUGCUUGUUUUUAGCGUUACGUCAUUAUUUUAUUUAGUGUUUAGCUUAAAGGGUAGCUAGCGUAGGACGCGAUACGCACACGUAAAUAUAUGUGUAUUAUGUUAUCAUUAAUCGGUGGACAGUGUGUGACGUGAAAUAGGGCAGGAGAGUUGUAGAAACGCCAGACAGAGAGAGAGAGGACACGUCCCGUACACAAGUAUGAUAAUCCCCACCCCAAUCUCACUUUGGCCAGUUAGUAGGGUAGGUGCGUGCCGUGCCGAGAGGAUAAGCCGAGACCGACGACUUUCCUUCUUCGAACAGGGUUAACAAAGCACACAUGGUCGCUACUGCUGCUGCUGCUGCUAUCUAAGCUCUUGUAACAGCGUAACUUUCCCGCACAGGGUUUUUGCGCUAAUCCCCAGGCAGGCGACGGCCGGGUAAUUCGAGCCGGAGGAGCAGUUUAGAACGCUAAAGGUCAUGCACACAAACACAUAAAGUGCACCACCGAAGCCAAAUAAUGAAAUAGAUAAAUAAACGAUGAAAGCGAGAGACAGCGACCCCGCCGCCGGACCGCGUUUUGUUACAAGCAGCAUGUACAGGCAAUAACGCAACUAGACUACGCGGAAAAGGGCACAGAGACCCCGGGGAGGAGCACGCGAGAGACGCAGGACGUGUAGAAAAUAUAGCAUACAAUCGGAGAGUUGAAAACAAA